GAUCAUUUAGAGAGCUUACCCGACAUAAUAUCACGAUGUCUAACCCAACAUCAAGAACGCAUAGAACAACGGAAGAACUUUCUACAUCCAGACGCAGCGGCUACUUCAAUACAGCCUUCGCCGCAGUCCCUGUUCAAUGCAUCACCAAUGUUAUUUCCCCACUCAAGAAGUGUUCCCUCAUCCAAUAAUGUUGCUGCAACAUACCAUUGGCCAACCAGUCCUAUUUUGCCACCUGUAUCUAGUAGAACUCCACAUUUAGUGCCUGAUACUCACAUGCCAUCGAAUGGAUCUGCCGCAGUUAAUAGCUACGCAUCUUCCAAUAAAUACGGCAGCUGAAUAGAAGAAAACGAGUGCUCCAUGCCCGUCGCCAACAUCGAGAUGCCCACAAUAUCGAUUCCAUUACCACUAACAUCGCCUCGGUCAAAGCUUACAAGAGCAUCUACGCUGACGCCAACAGCAAACUACAUCGGCGGUGUCAAACACAAUUCCCAUUUGUCAUUGAUUGUCAGCCGAAAAAUACCUAAAACUUUACAUCUCAUCAUGGAGACUGCGAUAUCCGAAGAUGCUGAAAUAAAUCUACUAGAUUCUUCAGAAAGUUCAUCAACUACAACACAACAACAAGAAGGAUCACGCCCAGCAUCACCAACCACAUGCACAACAGCCACGUCCAUGGCUAACAAUAAAUUCACCAGGAAGAGAGAACGUCUUUAUAAUAGCUAUAGCUAUAUAAAUAGUGCUAAUAGUACUAAUUCUAAUGAUUUCAUUUUAAAGUCAGACCAUUUUAAGACUUUCUCGAAAUGAAAACUAUCUUACUAUUUAAGAAUAUCACCAAAUACAAAAUACAUACGAAUGUACGUACAUACAUACAUAUGUAGCUUACUUACAAACAGAUCAAAAAUCGAUCCUUACAAAUAAUAUGUAAAUACUUUAUUGAGUAGGCAUGGUAGGCAGAAAAGUACUUUGUAAAUAUGUAUGUACAUUAGCAAUGCGCGCAUAAUUUUAAGUACAUAUGUAUGUACAUUAGAUGUAUGAUCGAAACUGCUCAGAGUUUUGCCAAAAGCCCAGAAAAUUUCAGGCAUACACAGUUGACCCUUAAGCAUAAUAUAGCGUCCAAUAUAGUCUUGCUCAACAAAUUCUCUCAAAUCGAUUACGUCUUGUUCGUCUGAGCUUCAAUGUCUGAGCCGAUUGCUCGUAAUUAGCAGUCUCAGAGUCAGCAAAAAAAAUUCUAGGAAAUGACGAUAUAUGUUGCACUCAGAAAAAGGUUUAGUUAUAAUAACCAAGAUUUGG